AUGCCCAGUAGGAUAUCUAUAGGCGAGGAAAGCUCUUUUCCGGCCUCGCGCAGCACCAGCGAUGCACCGCCGCCCCGAGCCGCGCAUGGGCGCAGUCUCGACGACAAUGACGACGAUGGGGACCGCGCAUUGCUCGGCGCCCCAGAAGAUAGUGACAUCCUGGGCGACGACCCCUUGGAUCAUCCCGUGAGCUUCAAGCGGAAACAAAAAGAACCCAUGCUCUCGCAGCCUGCCCGUCUGCUCUCAGCCAUCACCGGAAACCGUCUCGGCACACCUCCACGAUCUCCGAAUUCACGAUCGCCGCAUAUCUCGGGCGCAAACACGCCGACUGGACUACACGGGCUCACAACCCCCACGAGGAACCACGCAGGUGGAUAUGCGACGAAUGGGUCGAAAGACGGGAUACCGCUGGACUGGUACGUCGAGGGGCCCGGUCGCAGAGUCGGCUACGAGGAUCUUACGGCCAUCGACUGGAUCUUCGAGUAUACGAAAGAGCGACAGCGACUCCGAGUCCUUUAUUCGAGCGCGUCAGGAAUUGUGGGAUAUGUACAACAGCUGCUCGACGCUUCCCAGACUUGGUUCAUUCUCGUUCUUACCGGCAUUGCCGUUGGCGCAUUGGCAGCAGGCAUCGACGUGACGUCUGACUGGCUGGGCGACCUGAAAGCCGGCUAUUGCUCGUCGGGGCCAGACGGGGGCGCGUUCUACCUGAACAGGGGAUUCUGCUGUUUCGGAUACGACCAAGGUGCCAAAUGUGUGGGAUGGAAGCCGUGGGCUGCCGCGCUAGGAAUCACGAGCGCCGGCGGCAAGUGGUUCAUUGAGUAUUUCUUCUUUUUGCUUCUCUCCGUCACCUUUGCGCUGUGUGCAGGCAUCCUGGUCAAGGAGUAUGGCCUUUAUGCAAAGCACAGUGGUAUCCCAGAGAUCAAGACUAUGUUGGGAGGGUUCAUCAUUCGAAGGUUUCUUGGUGGAUGGACACUAGUCACCAAGUGCCUCGGCUUGGCUCUCGCCGUCGCAUCAGGCAUGUGGCUUGGCAAGGAAGGCCCUCUGGUUCACGUAGCUUGCUGCUGCGCAAAUCUGCUGAUCAAGCUCUUUCCCAGCAUCAAUGGGAACGAAGCACGAAAACGCGAGGUCUUGUCAGCAGCUGCUGCAUCCGGUAUCUCUGUUGCCUUUGGGUCACCCAUUGGCGGGGUGCUUUUCAGUCUCGAGCAGCUCUCGUAUUACUUCCCCGACAAGACCAUGUGGCAGUCAUUCGUCUGUGCUAUGACCGCUGCCGUGAUGCUCCAAGCUUUCGAUCCGUUUCGAUCUGGCAAGCUCGUCCUGUUCCAGGUCCAUUACGGCUCGAGCUGGCAUGGGUUUGAGAUGAUCCCCUUUGCAAUGCUAGGCAUCAUGGGCGGAAUAUAUGGUGGUCUUUUCAUCAGAGCGAACAUGGCCGUAGCGCGGUGGAAGAAGUCCACCACCUGGCCGCUUCCGGGACCCUUGACGCAGGUCGUUCUUGUCGCUUUGCUUACGGCGCUCAUCAACUACCCUAAUCUUUAUAUGCGCGCUCAGUCGUCCGAGCUCGUCACGAACUUGCUGUCGGACUGUACACAGAUUCUGGACGAUCCGCUCGGCCUUUGUAAAACUGGUGCCGCCACUGCGGGCACCAUCGUGCUGCUCCUCUUCGCAGCUAUACUUGGCUUCUUUCUGGCUUCGAUUACCUUUGGGCUUCAGAUCCCUGCUGGCAUCAUCCUGCCCAGCAUGGCCAUUGGCGCUCUCACAGGCAGAGCUGUCGGGCUUAUCAUGGAGAUCUGGCAGCACAAUCAUCCAGGUUUCAUCGCAUUCAGCAAAUGUGAGCCCGAUAUCCCCUGCAUCACGCCCGGGGUCUACGCCAUCAUUGGUGCCGCCGCAACUCUGGCAGGCGUCACCCGCAUGACCGUAUCUAUUGUGGUCAUCACUUUCGAACUCACGGGUGCGCUCACGUACGUCUUGCCCAUCAUGAUUGCGGUCAUGUUGUCAAAAUGGGUAGGUGACGCCUUUUCGCGCCGCGGCAUCUACGAGUCCUGGAUUCAUUUCAACGGCUACCCCUUCCUGGACUCUGGCGACGACGGCACCGGCGCCCAGAGCAUACCGGACAUCCCGGCGGGGCAGAUCAUGACGCGGAUCGAGGACUUGGUCGUGCUGACGGCCACGGGGCACACUAUCGCCUCGCUGCGCAGCGUGCUCGACUCGUGCGAGUACCGCGGCUUCCCCGUCAUCUCGGACCCGCGCGACGCCAUCCUGCUGGGCUACAUCAACCGCUCCGAGCUCGUCUACAACCUGGACUCGGCGACCUCGAUGAGCCCCUCGCGCGGCCUGCCCCCGGAGACCGAGUGCUUCUUCUCCCACCAGCCCCUCGCCGACCCCCGCACCACCCUCGACCUCCGCCCCUGGAUGGACCAGACCCCGCUCACCCUCCCGUCCCGCAGCUCCCUGCACCUCGCCGUCUCGUACUUCCAGAAGCUCGGCGUCCGCUACGUCCUGUUCACCGAGCGCGGCGGCCUCGUCGGCCUCCUCACCAAGAAGGACUGCUGGUACGUGCUGAACGGCGCCGAGGAGAACAGGAUGGACGGCGGCCGCGGGGGUGCCGCCGCCGACGUUGGCGGGCGGCUGGGACGCACGAGGGAAGAGGGCGUCGGCGUCGAGGAGAGGGGUCUGCUGGGCCGCGAGAGCGGCGCCGACGAUGACGGCCUCACGCCCGGCUUGCUCGAGCGCGAUGCGAUAUUGUAG